AUGGCUUCAACAGAUAUGGAUAAAGAUCUGCGGACAGACAGACCCUUAACUGAGAAGGGACAAAGUAUGUACGAGUCUUCGGUAGACAAAUACCUAAACAGAUUAAAUGAACAAUGGAAGAACAUUGAACUGAUUAUCAGCACCAUAGACAACAGUGCAAGAUAUUCUGUGUUGUGCCAGUUUGAAGAUGAACUUGAGCAAGGUCACGCAAAACUAACUUUGAUUAAGGAUGACUUUGUUAGAUAUCUCAACAGAACAAAGACAACUGAAAGCCAAGAGUGUUUGGCAAAGUUAACAACAACUUUUGAUGAAAAGACUAACACACUAGAAGAAGCAUUUCAACAAAUCAGCCAUUUAAAAGGAGAGAAAUUGGAAACCGCCUCAGUGUUUUCGCACAGACCCUGGUCAACUGGAUCACGCAUGGACACUGCCGUAGCCGCCCAACGAGCAAAAGCCCAAGCAGCAAAGAUCAGGCUAAAGUAUGCGGAAGAAGAGAACCUCGUGUUAAAGAAGAUGGCUCAGCUCGAGGAGCAGGAGAAAAAAGAGAAAGCUAACAUGGAGAGAUCAAAGGCUGAAUUUGAAGCAGAUUUACAACUCCUAUCUGUCAAGAAAGAAGCAGCUACAGCAGAGGCAGAAGAUUUUGACGCAAAACCCCCACAGAGGCCCUAUAACUAUUCCUCACCUGAGGUGCCAGGGGCCCCCUGGAUCGGAAAGGCAGAGUUACAUGUUUUCCAAGAAGAAGAUCAAGGAUCUUUGUUCGACGCCUUGUCCGACACUGAAAGACAUCACGACUUUACAAGCAGAGGUCAGUUCUUGGAGACUCGGAGAGUAUUGGACUUUAAUACAGUACGGGAGGACAAUCCUAACCGUACGGACUUUCAUCAGUUACCUGAAACACUACCUCUUCAUGCCAAUGCUGUAUCUGAAGUUGGACUACCUAAAUCCGAUAACCCUCCACUACAAGAAUCUACCUCAUCAAGAACACUUAAUCCCCUCAUAUCAGAGUUCAAACCACAGUCCAACCACCAGUCUGGAACAGUGUACACUAAGUUUUCAGAAUUCUCAAAGUUUCUACUGAAAAAGGAACUACUGAUGUCUCGCCUAAAAAACUAUGACGACAAGCCAGAAUCGUUUGCAGCGUGGAAGGCUACAUUCCAAAGUGUCGUGCGGGAGUUAAGUGUUUCAACAGAAGAAGAAGUAGACUUGCUAAUCAAGUACUUAGGCCCUGAGUCGUCUAAGCAGGCAAACAACAUCAAGAUAGCAAAUUUCAGCAACCCUGGAUCGGGAUUAUCAAGGAUCUGGGAACGUUUAAAUGACAGAUAUGGGUCUCCAGAGAUGGUGGAGUUCGCCCUCAAGCAGAAACUCGCUAAUGUACCGAAACUCACCAACAAAGAUUACAGAAAGCUUUUUGAGCUGAGCGACAUUUUGUCAGAAAUAGAGGCAGUCAAGGACAACGUUGAAUAUUCCACUCUGCUCGCGUACUUCGACACAUCUUCAGGAAUCCUGCCAAUCGUAAACAAACUUCCACAUGCCCUUCAAGAGAAGUGGACAACUCAUGCUGUGAACUUUAAGAAAAAACACAGCGUAUCAUUUCCACCGUUCUCAGUGUUUGUAGAAUUUGUGAGAGACAUUAGUCGUGUGAAAAAUGAUCCUAGUUUUCAGUACGAGACCAAUUCUUAUGCGGCAACUGAGAAAGUGAUUCACCGCACCAAGAACAUUAACAUAGCUACAAAGAAGACAUUUGGUGAAACUAACAAAGAUACUGUUGAGUGUCCUAUCCAUCACGUUAAACAUUCGCUAAACCAAUGUCGCACCUUCCGAGCAAAACCCUUGGAGGAGAGAAGAGCGUUUGUGAAAGACAAUAACAUAUGUUUCAAAUGUUGUGAGACCACAAGCCACAUUAGAAGGUUGUGUAAGAGGGACAUUAAAUGUACAGAGUGUGACAGUGCAACCCAUCCCACAGCCUUACACCCUCCAUUGCCACCGUUGACUAUGAAACCCUCAUCGGCCUAUGGCGGGGAGGUCACCCUUGGGAAUUCAAAGCCUGACAUUGAAUCCAAGUGUACUCAAGUUUGCGGAGAUGCACGAUACUAUGCACGAUACUACGGCAAGUCCUGUUCAAAAACUGUUCUAGUCCGCGUGUAUCGAGAUGGUCAACCUGAUGUUGCUGUUAAACUCUAUGCCAUCAUAGAUGACCAAAGCAAUCGAUCCCUUGGGAAAUCGCAUUUACUGGACCUACUAGGAGUUCGUGGUCAGUUGGCAGAAUACAUUCUGACAUCUUGCAGUGGAUCGAUACCUUCACAGGGACGACAUGCAACUGGUUUAGUGGUAGAAUCCUUAGAUGGAACCGUUAGACUGAAGCUUCCAACAGUCAUGGAAUGUGACGGGAUACCUAAUAUAAGAACUGAGAUGUCCUACCCUCACCUACGGGGUAUAGCACAGCAUAUACCCGCCCUUGAUGAGGAAGCUGAUAUACUACUACUGAUUGGUCGAGAUCUGUUAGAUGCCCACCAUGUCCUCGAGCAACGACUCGGACCAAGAGCAACUCCAUAUGCCCAACGUCUUCGUCUGGGGUGGGUGAUAGUAGGUGAGAGUUGCCUCAACAGAACUCACAAACCAGAAAUAGUGAAUGUGAACAAGAUCCACACCCUUGGAAAUGGCAGACCAUCCAUGUUUGAGCCAUGUGAAAAUGUCUUUGAAACCAUAGAGAUAUUCAGAGACAACGAAGUUCACAACAAUCGUGACAUCUUCGUGAAAACGAAAAAUGACGAUAAGAUAGCAUUAUCCAUUGAAGAUACAGAAUUCCUUAGUCUUAUGGACAACGAAUUAGAAAAGGACUGCGAGGGAAGCUGGACAGCCCCUCUUCCUUUUAAGAAACAGAGACCACGAUUGCCAAACAAUCGACCACAAGCCUUGAAACGAGCGAAGAUGUUGACGGACAGUCUUCGUAAGAACCCUACUAAGAAACAACAUUUCACAGAGUUCAUGGAAAAGACAUUCAGCGAAGGACAUGCGGAACCUACUCCAGGUCUAGCAAAGGAUCAGGAAUGUUGGUAUCUACCCUUAUUUGGUGUGUACCACCCCCAAAAGCCUGAGCAGAUAAGAGGUGUAUUUGACUCCUCUGCGAAAUAUGGAAACAUCUCUCUGAAUGAUGUUCUAAUGUCAGGACCUGAUCUUGCCAAUGGCCCAUUGGGAGUUCUGCUACGCUUCAGACAGCAACCUAUAGCAGUUAUGGCGGACAUCCAGAGGAUGUUUUACUGUUUUAAAGUCAAGGAGCAGCAUAGAGAUUAUUUGAGGUUUCUGUGGCAUAGAGACAACGACGUUGAGAAAGAGAUUAUAGAGUUCAGAAUGUGCGUCCAUGUGUUUGGAAACAGUCCGAGUCCUGCUGUAGCAACGUACGGUUUGAGAAGAACAGCAGAAAUUGCUGAAAACCAGUAUGGGCAUGACGUUCGCAAGUUUGUCGAGAAGAAUUUUUAUGUCGAUGAUGCCUUAACCUCUCUCUCCUCUCCGAAGGAAGCCAUAAGUCUCCUGAAGCGAACACAAGAAGCACUAAGAAAAGAAGGCAACUUGCGGCUGCACAAGAUUUGCUCAAAUUCGAGUGAAGUUCUGUCAGCUUUCGAUAAGGAAGAUUUAGCCAAGGACCUCCGGGAUCUUGACUUCAGUCAUGAUGAUCUUCCAUUACAACGGAGCUUAGGAGUGUGCUGGGACCUUCGUAUUGAUAGCUUUACCUUCCGUGUCCAUGUGGAAGAGAAACCCUAUACCAGAAGGGGCGUUCUCUCUGUUGUGAAUGGACUAUAUGACCCUUUGGGAUUCGCGACGCCCGUGACUAUUGGUGGUAAACUACUGCUACGUGAAGCAAUGGUGGAGCCAGUGGAGUGGGAUCAACCACUGCCAGAUGAUUUCCGGUCUAAAUUCGAUUCUUGGAAAGAAACCCUUAGUGCCUUGGGAGGCGUAAACAUUCCACGCACUUACAACUCCCUUUCAGGGAAAGGCUGUCCUAAGGACUUAUAUGUGUUUACCGACGCGUCAGAGAAAGCCAUUGCGGCAGUGGCGUACCUCAGGACCUUAGAUGAAAACGUCAACUCACAAUUAGGAUUUGUGAUGGGGAAAGCUAAAGUAGCUCCGAAACACGGCCUCACUAUUCCGAGAUUGGAGCUGUGCGCUGCCGUUUUGGGUGUUGAAAUCUACGAGACCAUUCUUGAUGAACUUGAAUUUGAACUACGGAAAGUGACAUUUUUUACAGACAGUAAAGUAGUGCUUGGCUACAUAAAUAAUGAAACUAAGAGAUUCUACGUUUAUGUCAGGAAUCGUGUCGACAGUAUCAGACGUCUUACACACCCUAGUCAAUGGAACUAUAUACCGACAAAUCUUAACCCGGCAGAUGAUGCUACACGCUCUAUACCUGCAGUGAACUUGCAAACCAGCCUGUGGUUAAAUGGACCCCCAGAAAACUUCCUAGAGCACACAGAUGAGAAAACUUCAUUUCCGCUUGUGUCACCAGGAGAUGACAAGGAAGUUAGGUCAUUGAAAACUGCUGUUGAAUCAGAGGCGACACUCGGAAGUCACCAUUUUGAGAGGUUUUCCACAUGGAGAAGUUUGAAGAGAGCAAUACGUAUUCUCAAGGAGCUUGCAAGAUUCAGAACAACAGACUGCAAACCUACUCGAGUUUCUGAGAAUGAGUCUGAAACCUUCAUUAUCAAGACUCUUCAAGAAGAAGCAUUUCCCAAGGAAAUGACGGCUUUGCGAUCUGGAUUGCCACUCCCAAAGCACAGCAACAUACUUACGCUAUCUCCAUACCUAGAUGAUCUAGGACUACUACGUGUUGGAGGUCGUCUAAGAAAUGCCAAGUUGGACUCAGCACAGAUAAAUCCAGUCAACAUUCCUAAACACCACGUUACUACCCUAAUUAUACGACAUUAUCACGAAAAAGUCUAUCACCAGGGUCGUCAGAUUACUGAGGGUUCAAUCCGAAAUGCAGGCUUCUGGUUGAUUGGUCCCAAACGGAUAAUUACCUCAUUCAUACAUAACUGUGUUAAGUGUCGUAAGCUGCGUGGUCGUCAAGAAGAACAAAGGAUGGCAGACUUACCUGCAGAAAGACUUGAAGUUGCACCACCUUUCUCUUAUAUUGGCAUUGAUGUGUUCGGGCCCUGGACAAUAUCUACGAGGAAAACGCGUGGUGGAGAAGUUAACUCCAAGAGAUGGGCACUGAUGAUCACUUGUCUUGUUAUACGUGCCGUCCACAUUGAGGUUCUAGAAGAAAUGACAUCCUCAUGCUUCAUAAAUGCCUUGAGACGUUUCUGUGCUGUCAGAGGUGAGGUGAAGUUGAUCAGAUCGGACUGCGGAACUAAUUUCGUCGGAUCCGUCAAGGAUUUGAAUGCCACGGUGAUAAGUACAGAAGACCGACCAAUCAAGGAAUACCUAACAGAGAAUGGUAUCAACUGGAUAUUCAAUCCUCCCCACUCCUCCCACAUGGGUGGAGUGUGGGAGAGGAUGAUCGGUGUAGCACGUCGAAUUCUGGAUUCUCUUCUCCUGGAUGUUAAACGUUUGACCCACGAGGUGCUCACCACACUGAUGGCGGAAGUAAUGUCAGUCAUGAAUUCGAGACCCUUGGUGCCAGUGUCACCCGAUCCAGAACUACCAAUGCCACUGACACCAGCAACUCCGCUUACAAUGAAAACCAAUAAAUCCGUACAGUGCUUCCAGUUAGACAGCUUCUGUCCUAAGGAUCAGAAACAGUGGAAGUAUAUCCAGUACCAUGCUGACCCAAUUCUUGGUACGCUGGAAAAAUGA